AUGGCCGAAGCAGACGCAGCAGAGAUUCCCGAGCCAGUGUUCACCUAUUUCGGUGUCGAUGGCGGUGCCACGUGUUCGUGUGCUGGCGGCAAAGGCGAGAAGCGAUUCUUCGUCGGGAGCCAAAGGGGCGUGGUCAGAGAGUACGGAUUGGAGAGCAAGCGAAUGGAGGGGAACGUCUACAUUGAUCGAGAAGAGCGGCGGAUUCAAUCUCUGAAAUUCCACAACAAUCACAUCUUCGUGCACGUCAGAGCGUUUGCAGUUGUCCAGCUGAAAGAGCCCGAAAAUGUCGAUAACCCUUUGGAAACAUGGGACAUUAUCAAGAAUUUCGAAAUGGAUCACAUCGGCUUCUGUAACUCGAUUCUAUUCGGUUCCAAACUUCUCUACGUCUCCACAGAUGAGAAGAGAUAUUCGACACUCUGUUGUACAGAAAUCGCCGGAACAGAGAACCAUACAGCUAAGGCGCGAAUUUUGACUGCACCUGACAUCUCGCCGAUGUGUAUGAUAAUCGGAGAGGAAUCAGAGAACGAGGUGCUGAUUGGAAUGGAGGAUGGGCGGUUGGCAAUUGCUUAUGGAGAUGAGAAGCAGGGAGUGUUCGAUUAUAUUGUGACGCAACAACUAGGAAAAGAUCCCAUCUUCUGCCUUGCAAGUUCUUCAGAAUGGGUUGUGGCCGGAUGUGCAAGACCACCGAUUCACUUGGUCAAUCGGACAGAUCUAGUGGUUCAGAAGAUUGACUACGUGUCACACGCUGCCGGCUGCUCCACCAUCGCAUUCUCUCCGAACAACAGACAGAUCAUUGGCGGCUUCUUCGACGGAUCGAUUCGCGUCUUCUCCCGCCACAAACUGACCGUACUUCUGGCUCUCACAAAUUUCCACGAAGCCACCAUCAGCUCUAUCCAAUGGCUUCCAGAAGAGGAUGACGAACUCGUUAUCGCCGCGUCGUCAGAUGAAACUAUUACUUUGUGGAAGUUAAAAUAA